GAUGCGCCGUCGGAGGUGCGCGCCGCGCACCGCGGGCCACCGAGUCACGGAGUUUCCGUUCAGGAUCCGUUUCACCAAUUCCAACAACCGCAGUCAGCGCUGCCGCUGUCGUCGCGCCGCUCUCCAGUCUCGGAGCAUGGGUAGGUAGACCGGAGGAGCAGAGGAGCGGCGAAAUGAGAGGAGAGUAAGUAGGAGAAGUGGAAAGCCGGGAAGAGAGAGCAGCGAAGAAUUGGGAUCCACAACAAAAUCGCUUAAUCGUUUUGCGCCGCCGUCCGCUACGCUUCGUACCCUACCUACCCAUCCGAUAUACACUCCACGGUACACGAUCGGCGGAGACGCGCGCGUAGGGAAAUAGCACGCAAGAAAAGGGUUGACACGGAGCUUUACUGCGUUUAUUACGAAGGGAUUUUCAACUGCAAUACGAGCUACCGCAACGUUCUGACUAUCAAACGUGGAGGGAUGGCGGGGCAGCACUACUGCCUUCGCUGGAACAAUUACCAGUCGAAUAUGACGUCAGUUUUUCAUCAACUUCUUCAAACGGAAGCGUUCGUCGAUGUUACGUUGGCUUGUAACGAGGCGUCUUUAAAAGCUCACAAGGUGGUACUGUCGGCGUGUAGUUCGUAUUUUCAAAAAUUAUUACUUUCGAAUCCAUGCAAACAUCCGACGAUCAUCAUGCCGCAGGACGUUUGCUUCACCGAUCUCAAAUUCAUCAUUGAAUUUGUGUACAAGGGUGAAAUAGACGUGUCGCAAGCUGAACUUCAGUCCUUGCUGAAAACUGCGGAUCAACUGAAGAUAAAGGGCCUAUGCGAAGUUCCCGAAAGCAGAGAGGGACCGCCUUCGGUUAGCUUAAGUUCUCCUCCCAGGGAUCGAGAUUCCGUCACACCUCGAUUAAAUUACACCAAAUUGAGGAGACAGCAUCAUCCCAAGUACAAAAGGCCACGAUUCGACGUUAGAUCCGAUUCUAGACUCUUCGACAAAUAUAAGGAAGAGGAAGCGGAAGGAUUCGGUCGAGACGAUAAAGAGAAUCACAGGGACUGGCAGACCGAAGAUGAAGAAUUCGGCGAACCUACAAUAGUCCUGGAAUCGCGACAGAAGGAUAUAAACAACGGUAACACGAACAACAAUAACGGUGAGAUGUUUUGUCACACAGGAAUGGGACAUUACGGGCACCAUACGGAUCCAGGAGACGUUGAUUUACCACCCGAAACUCAACCUACACCUCCCAGUGCUACUCUAGUCGGUACGACGAUUACGCAUUUGAGAGACCCUGACCACCAAUCGACAGAAAUACAAAAUUGUGACAGCGUUAAAAUAAAAUUUGAGACACUGCGCGCGAUGGACUCGACGGACACGAUAGAUAUAGAUAGUCAUAUGUCAGAUCGAGCUAGCGUCAGUUCAAAAACCGCCGGAGAUAAUGACAACAUGAUGAUGAUCACUCCAGAACUUCUUGGGCUCAUGCCUUCAGGCAGUUCUGGACACUCAGAUGCCGGAGACAACGGGAGAUCGCAUUCCGGUCAGAUAGGUUCGCACCAUCACGGUUCAAAAUCGUGGACGCAGGACGACAUGGACGCAGCCCUCGAUGCCCUCAGAAAUCACGAUAUGAGCCUUACCAAAGCGUCAGCUACUUUCGGGAUACCGUCCACGACAUUGUGGCAACGAGCUCAUCGCCUCGGUAUCGACACACCAAAGAAAGAUGGCCCCACGAAAUCUUGGAGCGACGAAAGUUUGAAUAACGCCCUAGAAGCUCUCCGAACGGGAACAAUAUCCGCUAAUAAGGCGUCGAAAGCUUUCGGUAUACCUUCGAGCACGCUGUACAAAAUAGCAAGAAGAGAAGGUAUCAGAUUAGCGGCGCCUUUCAACGCAAGUCCGACUACCUGGUCACCUACGGAUCUCGAUAGAGCGUUGGAAGCCAUCAGGUCGGGACAAACUUCUGUACAACGAGCUUCAACUGAAUUCGGAAUACCUACGGGAACGCUUUACGGAAGGUGUAAAAGAGAAGGAAUCGAAUUAAGCAGGAGUAAUCCAACUCCUUGGAGCGAAGAUGCUAUGACAGAAGCUCUUGAGGCUGUUAGAAUGGGUCAAAUGAGUAUCAAUCAAGCCGCGAUACACUAUAACUUACCAUAUUCGUCGCUUUACGGGCGUUUUAAAAGAUGUAAAUACGAAGAGCCUGUAGGAAACGAAAUGUCCCAGGACAGCAACAGCCUUCAUUAUCACAGCCCAAACCAAAACCAUCCCUCUUCUGUUCCCGAUCAAAUGCCUUAUCAGGGCAGCUGAAAUUUACCCCUUUACUAGACACCUUAAAACGCACCCAAAUUGAAUUUUCAUUAUUAUUAUUAUUAUCAUCAUCGUCAUUAUAAUUAUCAUAAGUUUGUAUCACCUAUACUUGAAAAAUUUUGAUCAUUUAGAUCGAUACCAAUCGUUACUAAAUACAAAUAUCUAUGGUUACGACGGAUAUACAUACGUUUUACCAAAGAUUGUAGAUCUAAAUGCACGGGAUUGUGAAAUCCAGAAAUUUAUAAUUAUUUUUUCCUAUUUUUUUUUUGAUUUUUUUUUAGAACGAAUUGCAGGUUUAUUAACAUGCAUAUUAUUCCGAUCAUUAUUCUCAUUAUUACCGUUAUUAUCAUUAUUGUUAUUAACAAUAUCAAUAUUAUUUUUGCUAGUAUUAUUAUUGUUAUUUCAAAUUUUAUUCAACGAUAAUUAAUCCCUAUAGAUAUUCGUUGUGCAAGUUGAAUUUAAAGUGACGAUUGUGCUAUCAAGAUUGGAAAAGAAUCAGAAACAGACCAAAUUUAUUAUCGUUGAUUUUGUUAUAUCGAAAACAGAUAAGGUGGAAAGACAGAGAAUCGGAAAAAUCACAUCUAAUUUCAAUCAGCAUCGUACGGUUUCGUGAUAGCUCUUCUUAUUUCUUCAUGUAUUGUAAUUCUUUUACUAUUUCUUUUUUUUUGUAUUAUUUCUGACGACAAUGAACGAAGAGGAAAAAAGGAUACGUACAUUUGACACGCGAACCUUUUACUGAACUAGUUGUAUAAAUAUUAGGUGAUAUCACUGAUAACGAAAAUCCUACAGUAUUAGUUAUUAAAUUGUUUAAAGCGUUGAAUAAUUAUUAUUUUUCCGAAUGCGUUUGCCACUGUUGUAUUGUUUUGAUAAUAUUUUUUAUUCAGGCCGUUUCAGAUAUUAUUUUAUUGUUUAACAUAUUAUUUAUCGUAAAAAGUGAAGAAUAAAAAGACGAAAACAAGAAGGACAAAAAAUAAAACAACUGUAAAUAAUAAAAAUAAAUCUAAUAUUCUUUCAUUAUAUGAAACAGUCUGUAUUUAUGUAUUUGUAGAAUGGACUGAAUAGGAUAUAAUAAAACAAUGAUGAGAAAAAAAAUUAUAUAUACAUAUACAUAGGUAUAUAAACACAUGAAAACCAAGAAAUAAGUAUUCGCUCUGAAUGUAGAUAAUUCGUACAGAUCGUUGAUUUGAUGACAAAUUUUUUACUGGGAAACACCUAACUCCUUUUUUUUUUUUUUUUUUCUAUUUUAUUGGGUAUUAGAAUAAGAUGCGAACGAAUCGGAGGUUUCUUUAGAUUGUAUGUGUAUAUAAAAUUCAAAUGAGUAUUAUUUAAUCAUCAUGGUCACCAUUAUUUUAUUAAAUAAAUAUAUAUAUAUAUGAAUAUAUAUAUGUACAGUUUAUAUACAUAUUUUAAAUUAAAAAUUUAACUUAACUGUCAUAAAAA